AUGCAAUCAAUUAAUUAAAAUCAUCAUAUGAUAUGGCAUUCAACAUUGUUUUUCUUCUCUGCCUCUUUUCUCAAAUUAUUACUACCACAGUGACAUUGAAAACUUUCUCAGAACCUAUUUCUCCCAAUAUUCUCGAUGUUACUUCAUUAAAUCGAAGUAGUUUUCCUACAAACUUCAUCUUUGGAGCAUCAAACUCGGCAUACCAGUACGAAGGUUCUGCAAAGGAAGGUGGCAAAGGAACAAGUAUAUGGGAUACCUUUACUCACAAAUAUCCAGAAAAAAUAAUCGACAGAAGCAAUGGAGAUGUCUCUAUUGACGGGUAUCAUCGGUACAAGGAAGAUGUUGGGAUCAUGAAGUAUAUGAAUUUAGAUGCAUAUAGAUUAUCCAUCUCAUGGUCUAGAAUACUACCAAAUGGAAGGAUAAGUGGAGGCAUUAAUCAAGAAGGGAUCACAUUCUACAACAACUUCAUCAACGAGCUAAUAGCUAAUGGUAUAGAAGUAUUUGUGACACUAUUUCAUUGGGAUCUACCACAAGCCUUGGAAGACGAGUAUGGAGGUUUCUUAAGUCCUCGCAUAGUAAAUGAUUUUCGGGAUUACGCGGAGCUUUGCUUCAAGGAAUUUGGAGAUAGAGUGAAGUACUGGAUUACGAUAAAUGAGCCAUCCACUUACUGCACAGGUGGAUAUGUUGUUGCGAUAUUUCCACCUGGUAGAUGUUCAGAUUGGCAAAACCUCAACUGCACCGGUGGUGAUUCGGGGACAGAGCCAUAUUUAGUUGCACAUCACCUACUCCUUGCUCAUGCAGCCGCUGUUCAAGUUUACAAGACAAAAUAUCAGGUUCCAUUGUUACUUAAAAGCCAAACUACAUCUCAAAAGGGUUGGAUAGGAAUAGCCUUACAAUCUUACUGGUUUGUGCCGUUUUCAAAUAGCAAAUCCGAUGAAAGAGCUGCAGAACGAGCAAUUGACUUCAUGCUUGGAUGGUUUAUGACACCAUUGACAACAGGAGACUAUCCACAACAUAUGCGAUCCUUGGUUGGACAACGAUUGCCAAAGUUCUCUGAAGAACAAACCAGGCUACUCAACGGUUCUUUUGAUUUUAUUGGAUUAAACCACUACACAUCUCGAUAUGCAGCCAAUGCACCUAAUUUAAACACUACUAUACCUUGCUAUCUCACAGAUUCCCUUGCCAAUCUUACAACUGAACGUAACGGGAUACCCAUAGGUCCACAGGCUGCUUCAGAUUGGUUUUACAGUUAUCCAAUUGGAUUUAAGAAACUGUUGGUCUACAUCAAGGAAAAGUACAAGAAUCCAUUGAUUUAUGUUACCGAAAAUGGUAUAGAUGAGAAAAAUGAUCCAACACUGCCAUUGGAGGAAGCGCUUAAGGACAUUGACAGAAUUCAUUAUUAUCAGGACCAUCUCUCAUAUCUUCAAUCAGCAAUUAGGAUCGGCGUAAAUGUAAAAGGAUAUUUUGCGUGGUCGCUAUUGGACAAUUUUGAAUGGGGUGAAGGGUACACAGUGAGGUUUGGAAUGAACUUUGUAGAUUACAACAAUGACUUGAAAAGAUAUCAAAAGCUCUCAGCACAAUGGUUCAAGAAUUUUCUGAAGAGACUUUAAUUAGACUUUCUGAUAUUUAUAUGCAUGUCUCUCUUUGUAAUGGUAUUUAAAAAAGAAACAUAAAUGAAGUAGUUACAUAUGAUUGUUCAUUUUCUAAAGAAAUUAUGCGAUUCUAUAAAUCAUGGCUUUUGUGUA